GCAAUCUGACAUUGGGGUAUUUCCCAAGUAGGGCGGCUGGUUCCCGUGACUUGUGGGAGAUUGUUAUGCUAAACAUUGUCAUACGAUGGCAUUGAAAAGAAUAAAUAAGGAGCUUCAGGACCUGAACAAAGACCCUCCAGCCAGCUGCUCAGCAGGACCGGUCGGAGAUGACAUGUUCCACUGGCAAGCAACAAUAAUGGGUCCUCAGGAGUCCCCCUUUUAUGGAGGCGUGUUCUACCUGUCGAUCCAUUUUCCCGCCGAUUAUCCUUUCAAGCCUCCCAAGCUGGCGUUCACCACAAGAAUCUAUCAUCCGAACAUCAACAGCAAUGGCAGUAUCUGUUUGGAUAUACUCAGGUCACAGUGGUCGCCAGCUCUCACUAUCUCAAAAGUACUUCUAUCCAUCACUUCCCUGUUGACUGACGCCAACCCUGAUGACCCUCUUGUCCCUGAGAUUGCCAGAGUUUACAAAACGGAUCGUAGAAAGUACGAUGAUACAGCCCGAGACUGGACCAAAAAAUAUGCAAUGUGAUGCGACUUGAAACGUUUUUUAAGUUCGUAAGUGACAUGCAGGACUGCUAUGAUUGACAAUUUCGUAGACUAAAAAGAAUGUGAAUUUGCAGUUUCACCCGGAUAUCUUGUUUAUUGCUGUGAGGACCUGGGAUAUCACGGCCCUUUCAGUUCCUUCUAAGGGUGACAUACAUGUAGAUUUACAGCCCUGGAUCUCAAGCCACUAGCACCAUUGUCUAAGCUUGCACCUCAACCAUCCUGUAAAACCCUUGAGAAUAUUGACAUCAUUUCCCAUUGUGGUUACUUGUCAGCUUGCCCAGCUAGGCUUUAAAUAUGUACAUACUUGGUUCUCAGGUUCUUCAGCAAUAAUAAUGAAAAUAUCUUUACAUUUUGACAAAAAUGAAAAAUUCUCAUUUUGGACAGUAAAUGUUAUGCUAAAACAUGUGGACAACAUCAAUCGCCCCACUAGAUUUCAAAACCAGUGAGAACCAAUUAUGUCCAUUUUUAGCCUCGUCGAUUAGUCAUUAACAGUAGAGUUUGUUGUUGCUGUGAAUAUUCAACAGGGUUUUUUAAAGCGUUUAACUAUUGUCCAGUGCUAUCUUUAUCAUGAUCUUUAUCAUGUUUAUGAUUAUUAUUUGAUAAAUAUCAUUGUCACAAUUAUUAUUUGAAAUGUAAGUAAACUGUGCACUUUUGAAAUUUGAUGUAUUCCAACUUGUUCAUUUUAUUCUGUGACAUUAAUUAUGAGUCUAGUUCUUUGGGUGGUAAUGUUAUUGGUGCUAACAGGCUUUUAGACAGGUCAAGUUUUAGAGUUAGUUUUAGACUCAAUUGAAUAGUUAAGUACGUAUUUGUAUAUGCCUGAAAUCAAGUGACAGUUGUGCUGUUGUACUAAAGGUAGUGCCAACACAGGUCUCUAUGUUGUAUGGGUUAGUUGUCUUCAAACAGCAUCCUUAGAUAAGUGUCCUCAUUGUAUCUUCAUCCUCGGAUUUCCGGAGUAUUUUCAUCACAGGAAAGUAAGUGGUGAUUACCUCAGGUAGAUGGGUGUGUUUUCAGUUAGCAUGCGUACCUAUAGCAGUCCUGGGAAGGCAGUAGCAAGCAUUGCAAGUCCUAUAGAUUUAAUCAGUAAGUAGGAUCAUCACAGGUUAUAUUACUUACUAUCAUGAUGCACACUGAUUUCAGCGAGCACUGUUGGCCAGGUGGAUUAGGGCACAUCAUGAUUUGCUGUGCAGAGUUGCAUCCCUUUGUGCUGCCAGGAAUCAGGACCCAAUUUUAACCUGAUUGUGAUUCCUGGUUUAUUGGCAGUGUGCUUGUCAGUUU